CUCAAUAACAAUACUAGCUGCAUCCACCUGCAUUCCUUUCUUCUGGAAGAGAUGGUCCUCGCUUCCCAGUUGAUCUUCUUCACCUGCAUCUGGAUCACAUUAAUAUCAAAUGCUUUUGCUACUUCUCACACCAAGAAGACCUCUCACCGGUGCUCCACUUCAGUGAAACACACCCGCAAACAAGAAGCUAGAAUGAGGAAGGAUGACAGUACCAAAGUGAGGCCCCUGAAAUAUAAGCAACUCCUCCACAUAGAGGACCAUGAUUUUGCAAUAAGACCUGGAUUUGGAGGGUCCCCAGUGCCAGUAGGUAUAGAUGUCCAGGUUGAAAGCAUUGACAGCAUUUCAGAAGUUAACAUGGACUUUACAAUGACUUUUUACCUCAGGCAUUACUGGAAAGAUGAGAGGCUCUCCUUUCCUAGCAAAACAAAUAAAAGCAUGACCUUUGACCACAGAUUGAUCAAAAAGAUUUGGGUGCCUGACAUCUUUUUCGUCCAUUCUAAAAGAUCCUUCAUCCAUGAUACGACUGUGGAGAACUUCAUGCUGCGCAUCGACCCUGAUGGAAACGUCCUCUUCAGUGUCAGGAUAACGGUUUCGGCCAUGUGCUUAAUGGAUUUCAGCAGGUUUCCUCUUGACACUCAAAAUUGUUCUCUUGAACUGGAAAGCUAUGCCUACAGUGAGGAGGAUCUAAUGCUCUACUGGAGAUAUGGGAACAAGUCCUUAAAUACUGAAGGGCAUAUUUCCCUUUCUCAGUUCUUCAUUGAGGAGUUCAGCGCAUCCAGUGGGUUAGCUUUCUAUAGCAGCACAGGUUGGUACUAUAGACUUUUCAUCAACUUUGUGCUAAGGAGGCACAUUUUCUUCUUUGUGCUAAAAACCUAUUUUCCGGCCAUGUUGAUGGUGAUGCUUUCAUGGGUUUCAUUCUGGAUUGACCGAAGAGCUGUUCCUGCAAGAGUGUCCCUGGGAAUCACCACAGUGCUGACCAUGUCCACCAUCAUCACUGGCGUGAGUGACUCCAUGCCCCAGGUGUCCUACAUCAAGGCUGUGGAUGUGUACUUGUGGGUCAGCUCCCUCUUUGUGUUUCUGUCAGUCAUUGAGUAUGCAGCUGUGAAUUACCUCACCACUUUGGAAGAGCGAAAGCAAUUCAAGAACAGAAGGAAGAUUUCUGGAAUAUAUAAUAUUGAUGCAGUUGAAGCCAUGGCCUUCGAUGGUUGUUACCAUGACAGUGAGACUGACAUGGAUCAGACUUCCUUUUCUUUACACUCAGAAGAGGGCUCUUUGAAAGGACGAGCCACAGGCAGCCCCAGCACAGAUUCAUCUCGCAUAAAGAGAAGAAAAUCCCUGGGAGGUAACAUCGGUAGAAUCAUCCUGGACAACAACCAUGCCAUUGACACCUAUUCUAGAAUUUUAUUUCCCAUUGUAUAUAUAAUAUUUAAUUUGAUUUACUGGGGUAUAUAUGUAUAAAGAGAAGCCUCACUUUUUAUUUUUCUCUCCCUUUUGGGGGGUUGGGGUAGGGAUUGGGGGUCCAAGCCAGGGUACUGCACAUAAGAGGCAAGUGCCGCACCACUGAGCCACAUCCCCAGUGCAAAGAGGAAUUUCUAAUGUACAAAAUCUGUAUUGGUAUCAGAAUAUGUUUAAAAAGCAAACUUGUUGAACAUGAAUUGGACCAUACUAACUUGACCUAGGAGGGAGUCAGUUAUGUCUCCUGGCCUAAAGAAGAUUUAAAAACGGACUGAUUUACAUCUAGGAAAGAGUUCAAAGUCCUAGGAGAAUUUUGAAACAGUAAUGAGAGUGACAGGCAAUUGUAUUUUGGAAAAAACAUUUCCAUAGGGAAGGGCUUUGUAACUAUUUCAUCUGGACCAUUCUUCUCUCUCAAUGAGAAUGUCCUUUAUUCAACCGGAGAAUAAAGUUGGCCUGUGACAUUAAUUCAAGGAUAAAUUUUUAUUUCUUAGUAUCCGCCAAGUGACAGAUUACCUGACAAAGCUAUAUUCUCCUAGGGAAGGACAUCCACAUCAAGCCAGGAGUCUUGUGAAAGACUUCCUUCUCUUUCCUCUAACUACUGAGAUUCAUAUAUUAUGGAGUCCCAAAUGUGGAAAAAAUAUAAACUUCACUCAAUCUUCACUCCUCAUAUUAAAUUAAUACUUCCAUCACCAAUAAAAGGAUCUAACGUUUUUUAGAUGAGGUAUAGCUUUUAUAGCUUUUUUGAGGUCUUUGAUUGAUGA